UCAGCUGGGCUGCCAUGGCCAGGACCCGCCUUGGUGCCAGGGCCAGGCUUUCCAGCUUGGGGAGGUCGUUGUGCCGAUGCAGCUGCCUCCAUCCCGCGCCGCCUCCUGCUUCCCACGGGGGCUCCACAGGCAGCCCCCGGCAGCACCGCGGCACACCAGGACAACCAGCUCGUCCCUCGCUGGGAACAGGCUGUCACCACUGCCCAGACCAGCAGUGUCACAGAGCCAUCAGAGCCUCUGCACACAGGACAGGCUGGAGGGUUGGGAGUCACCGCCCUGGAGGACAGUGACAUGGCCAGAAAGAGCAUCCCCACCAGCCUUGCUUGUCCACACCUCCCUCCAAGGGCCUCAAGGAACGCAGGCAACUCCACGCUGCCUCACCCUUCAGACUCCAGCAGCAGCCUCUGCAAAUGUCAGGCUGUCCCCUCUGCCAGCAGCAGCCUCUGGGUCUCCUCUGAGGGGCAGAGCACGUGCCGAGGGCCUUGUGCCCAGCAGCCACCAAGAGCUUGUGCCACCUGCUCGAAGGGGCAGCAUGGCUGCUGACAGGGCCUGGGAAACACCUUCCCCAGGGAGCAGAACUGCAGGGCUCUGGGAACGGUCAGUGGCAAGACAAGGCCAUCAUCUGCCACCCCUGGGACCUGGACGUGGCUCACCGCUCUGCACAGAGGCCACGGAUGCUCGGAAGGACCUGCUGCUUACCAAGACAGAGGAGCUCGAGCACCUGGAGGAAGAGGACGAUGAAAAAAAUUAUGGAUACGUGUUUAGAGACAUCAUCUCUCAUCUGGAGGAAGAAAGUUCCAUCAAGACCACCUGCACCCCCAAUCAAGCAAGUCUCAGGCAGGAGCCAGUGGCAGGCCCCCAGGUGCUGCCCAGCAUUCCCAACUUGACCAGUGAUGCCACAGCAGAGACAGAAAACUACUCUGAGCACAAGUCUGAUGCCCUGCUUGCGGACCAACAGUCUGUCUCCGAGGACUGGCUGUACUGGGACACUGUUCUAAAGGAGCUACAGAAAGAGCAUGAGGAGAAAGAGGUCCCUGGCACAGAGGCUGCAGGAGAGGGGGACAGUGACCCAGAGAGUGUGUUGCUACUCCCACUGCAAGACAAACCUUGCCCAGUGCCUGCCCAGCCCCUGCCUCCUUCCCCCACAGGUCCCUCAGCCCUCCCACAUUCCCCGGCUCCCCGGCCACGGCGCUCCAUUGUCGGGAUGGCCCGUCGGGCUCUGUGCUGGGUUUUCUCCUUCCCCUGCCUCGGGGGACAGGGAGAGGAGUGACCCCAGCUGCCAGCAGCAGGAGGAUCCCCAAAGGUGGCUCUUCACCCUGAGGAUGUGCAGUUCCCAGAGGGUACAGGAUGGAUGGGGCCAGAGGCAGCCACCUGCCACAGGGACAUCCUGCUGCUGCUGGACCCACCCCGUCACUCCCACUGGUCAAGGACAGCCGGCUGAGGAAGGAUUACAGCAGCACAUCGUAGAAUCCCAGGAAAGCUGACUUUAGCCACAGGGUGGAUUGUGGUGGUGCAUCCCCCCGCCCAUCCCAAGGCCCCACUGCGACCUGGAAAUGCUCAUUAGGCCUUGAUGAACUGUACGUGGGCUUAUCAGGAGCAUUGUUCCCAGGAACUAACAGUGGUCUAACAAGCACCUGCUUUUUAAUAAACAGCCUCAGAAACUUAAUUUUCUUCCUUGAAAAACAAACUAAGUGAAAGAAUAUUGUUGUUAUUAAACCCUCAAAGAGAGUUACUAACUGGAAUUGUGGCCAGGAUGGAAAAUUACUAUAAACAAAGCCCACUCCCUUGCGACCCUAUAAACAGAAGUCCGAAGUGAGAGCCUUUGAGCUCUCAGUUUUCAGAAGGUAAGGGGCUAAUGUGCAUGUCUCAAACACCAACAACUACAUGGGUGUGGUGUUACCAACAGCCAAGGACUGUUGGUAAGAACAGACAAGAAUUGUUGGCAAUAACCAAAGACUGUGGGUAUUAACACGCUGUGAGAAAGAACAAGAUGUGGCUUGCAAAGCGGGUCUGGGUGGAAACAGGGCAGCACU